AUGAUGAACCGCGCCGCUGCUCUGCGCAGGGCCGCUGCACUGAGCCCUUCGUCGGUCGCACGAUCGCGCACCGCUGCUGGCGCACGAACCUACGCGACUGGCGCUGAUGGAAGCUCCAGGUCCGGAUUCGGCCGCUUCGUGCUCUAUUCAACAGUGGGCGCCACUCUCUUCUACGGUGUCUCGACUGUCGCCGCGCUCAACAACGAUCGCUACCAGGACUUCUUCGUCGAGAGCGUUCCGGGAGGCGAGCGCAUCAUCGACUACCUCGACACCCACGACGUUGGUCAGGAGAUCAAGAACAUCAACCUUGGCGGCUACGGCGACAAGGCCAUCGAUGCUACCAAGACCGCCUACGGCAGCGUGAGUGGCGCCGUCGGACGCGUGCUUGGCGGCGACGCUGGUGCCAGCGAGAGCGUCGGCGACGAGCGCGAUGCACGACUCCGCGUCGCCGAGGUCCGCGACAAGGCCAAGGCAGAGGCCGACAAGCUCGCACAGAAGGCCAAGGCUGGUGCAAAGGAGGCCGAGGAGGAGGGCGAGUCCGCCCUCAGGGCUGUGCAGGACAAGACCGCCGAGCUCGUCAACCGUGCCAAGGCGGCCGCUGAAAGGGCCGAGUCCAAGGUGCGUGGCGAGGCGGCCGAUGCCAAGAAGGACGGUCGCAACGUCAUCCAGCGCGCCGUCGACAGCGUCCAGGUCAUGACCGACAUCGGUGCCAACACCAAGGCCGCUCCGUCCAAGAGCGCCACCGCCGGCAAGGGUCCCAAGGAGGCGGUCAAGGAGACCUACACGGGCGAGCUGCCGCUCAACCACGAGCCUCCUGCGGGCUACGCAGCUCCUCGUCGCGACCGAGGUCUCCAGGCUCCCGACCACCCGACGGCUCGUCUGCGCCCUGACCCCGAGGCGCCCAAGCUGCCUCUGCUCGCGCCAUCGAUCAAGAGCCUUUCCGGAUCGGAGCCCAUGAUCGCCCAGCUCGCUGGCACCAUCGACGAGCUCACGACGUUCCUCAAGGAGACGCCUUCGUCGGGCGCCAAGGCCAAGGGAGUGCUCGAGAAUGCGCAGGUGGACCUGGAGAAGCUGAGCCAGCGUCUGGAGACGAUCAAGCGCGAGGAGGCGAAGCGCGUCGAGAACAGCCUGGCUGCGCAGGCCAAGCGAUACGAGGCGCAGAUCUCCAAGCAGUCGGAGGAGGCGGCCAACAAGCUGUCGAGCCGCGAGACGGACUGGCAAAAGUCGUUUGAGGAGGAGCGUUCCAAGCAGAUGCAGCAGUUCAAGGAGAAGCUGGAGAAGGAGCUUGCCACGCAGAGCCAGAUCAUCAACGAGCGACUCAAGGAGGAGGUGAUCGCGCAGGGCAUCGAGCUGCAGCGUCGAUGGAUGAAGGACAUCAAGGCCAAGGUGGAGGAGGAGCGCGGCGGACGUCUGGCCAAGCUGGACGAGCUGGCGACGGAGCUCAAGAGCCUCGAGAAGGUGAGCCUGGACAACAGCAGCGUGCUGGACGAGAAUGUGUCGGUGCAUACGCUGUGGACGGCGGUGCGUGCGGUGCAGCAUGCGCUCGACGACGCUUCGGCCACCAAGGUGCCGUUUGCCGAGCAGCUGCGCGUGCUCAAGGGCACAUCCAAGGCUCGCGACGACCCGGUGCUUGCGGCGGCCAUCGAGGCGCUCGAUGCGAGCGGCGCUGCCGACACGGGUGUCGAGUCGUUGACCACGCUCAAGCAGUGGUUCGACGACAAGGUGGGUCCUCGCGUUCGCCAGGUUUCGCUCGUGCCCGCACCCGAGACGGCGGGCGUGCUGUCGCACCUGGCGAGCGCGGCGCUGUCGCCCAUCCUGUUCCACAAGAAGGGACUGGUGCAGGGCGAGGAUGUGCCGUCGGUGCUCGCCCGGGCCGAGUACUACCUCGACCGCAAGGACCUCGACUCGGCCACGCGCGAGCUCAACCAGCUCAAGGGCUGGCCAAAAUUGCUCGCCUCGGACUGGCUCGCCGCGUCGCGCAAACGCCUCGAGGUGCAGCAGGCGCUCGAGGUGGUGCAGACAGAAGCCAGCCUCGCCUCGCUCAUGGUGUCGGCCUAA